AUGCGAACCCGGCCUAUAUUUUGGGUGUUUUUAACUCAACUCAUCACCGCGGCGUGGGCCGCCGAUGGAGACAUUGACUUCAGCAAGACCCCUGGCGGUGGUCCCUCUACAUUACGAGCAUGCGCGCAGUAUGCGUACAACCCAGCUUCUUCAGCCGGCUCCGUCCAUGAAUUGGGUUGUAAAGUGAUAUCUUGCGUUUGUCGAUCCGAUCUAAUCCCAAAAGCCUACGAGCUUAUCACUAAUGCUGUUAUCACGGACUGUGGGAAGGAUUCAAGCGUCGACGUUCAACAGGCAAUAGAUAUCUACAAUAGGUAUUGCGCUUCUCACGGUUAUCCGAUACCUGGCUAUACAUAUACUAGUACGUUGACAGUAGACGCGUCGACAAGCUCCAGCCCGUUAACCUUUGGCACACCUGUGGCGACGUCACUGAGCGGCAUUGGGAGAUCUGCCACCGGGACAUCACCAAUAUCGAAUCCUGGGGUAAUUACAAACGUGGGAACAUUGCAGCCCCCAGUUACCACUACUGCUACUGCGACGUUCAUAAUCAAAUCUGCAGGAACGAAAGUACAGCCGUGGGGGAUAUUACGACUGCUCUGUUUGGCGCCAAUGUUACCCGCGAGAUAUUUCUUUGCACUUUCGCAAUCAACUCUUGUCACAUCUAUCAGGACCCUUUCAUCAACAGACGUGCCAGUAGUUGUGGUUACUGCAAUCAAGUCCGUCUCACAAGCUGCUCCUGCUAUGACAGUAGCAACAGUGUAUAACACCGAUUCAAAGCCUACAGUUAGCAGCGGAACACAGAAUGGUGCCGAUAAUCCCGCGACGGGCGGAAAAGGUGGAGGAGGUCUGACAAAGGUUGAAAUAGUAGGAAUCAUUGUAGGAAUUGUUGGGGGAAUCAUCACAACGGUGGCUACAGUGUGGAUGUGUUUAGGAGGCCACCACCGAAGAAAUUGA